GGCAAAUGAGGUCCGUGAGGAAGAACAAGCAAGAGUGUGCAGGAGUUUUGCCUGACCCUUCUCAAAAGAACAAGAUUCUGCUCCCGAUACUCUGCAAGGAGUGAAUUGGGUGCCAACUACUUUUGCAUGUUGAACACAGUUUUCAUCACUCGAAAUAUGAUUGAGGAAUAAGGGAAAAUGCUGGGCGAAGAAUCAGAAACCAGGAUGUUUCAAAAGCAGUGGCAAAAGUGGGACAACAGAGGAUGAGUAAUUGUGAUUCUCGGAUUACAAGAGCUGGAGGGUAUGCAUGCAGCAUUCUUCAUGCUCCAUCACGACCUUCAGUAGUUUUCUCUGUGUGUUCUCCUUGAUCCGCUCUGUUCUCUUCUUCUUCAGCUCCCUUUUCUCCUUUCUUGCAUUUCUUUCUUGUCUUGGCUGACUGCUUUGUCUCAUGGCUUUCUCCUGACAUACCACAUCCUCCCUAACAAAUGCUGUGGGGGCUUGUAAUAAUAAAAUAAGCACUAUCAAAAGCACUUCUCGACCAUUUUCUAUUCUUUCCUGCAGAACGAGAAUCUUCUAGUUUGGGGUGCAGAGUGGAAUCAUCCAAGGACACCUCCUGAUACUGGCAAAGCUCUUUCUCCGAAGGUCCAAAGGUCCACUUUGUGCUCCCGGUACCCAAGGAGUUCCUGGCCCGUAUCUCUUCCUCGGGGAGGGGCCAUUGCAGGAGAAAGGGUGGGGCCCCACGGCAGAUGAAGACUGGCACACUUCUUCGCUCCAGGGAGAAGAAGGCUUGUGCCAGAGCUGCAGGACACACCGGGUUUUCCAUCUUCUUCUUGGUUGCCGUAACUUAUCCCCAGCCAUAUGGCCGUCACGUACAAGGUCCGGGUGACAACAGGGAACUUCAUCCGCUCGGGGACGCGUGACUCCAUUUCCAUCACUUUGGUGGGCACCGAGGGAGAGAGCCCCAAAACCACCCUGGACAACUGGGGCGUGGAUUUCUUUACUGGAUCGGUGAGUGACUAUGAAGUCUCCUGCGAACAUGACCUGGGAGAAAUUGUGCUCCUCCGUCUUCACAAAGAAGGUGCCAUUGAACUCUUCACCACGAACUGGUACUGCAAUUUUAUCACUGUGACGUCUCCCAAAGGAGCGGCCUACCAUUUCCCGUGUUACCAGUGGAUGGAAGGGUACCAGACUUUGGAGCUGCGGGAGGGAACUGCAAAAACCCCUGCCAUGGAUACUCUCCCCUUACUCAAAGACUUCCGGAUUGGUGAGGUUCGGAAGAGGCAGUCUAAUUAUGGGUGGAAGAUAUUUGCUGAGGGUGUCCCCCACUGUCUGGACGUCUCAUCCAUUGUGGAGCUAGAAAAGGACGUCAAAUUUUCCACCGUCAAAGCAGCCCUUUUUGCUACACGCUCGACAAGCAAGAAGAUAGAGCUCAAGCUGAAAGGUUAUUCUGACAGCCAAAAAUCCUGGGAGAACUUGGAGGACAUCAAGAAGGUUUUCUGGUUCAACAAGUCAGAUCUAUCAGUCUAUGUCACAGAGCACUGGAAAGAUGAUGCAUUAUUUGGGUGGCAGUUCCUCAAUGGACUGAACCCAAGAAUGAUCCAGAGAUGCACCAAGAUCCCAUCAAAUUUCCCUGUGACGAAUGAGAUGGUGGCCAAGUCCCUUGGAGAGGGCACCACGCUGGAGAAAGAGCUGGAGAAGGGCAACAUCUUCAUUGCAGACUACAAGCUCUUGGAUGGGGUCCCGGCUGGCGUGAAUAAUGAACGCCAGCAGUACGUCGCUGCCCCUUUGUGCCUGCUGCACCUCUCCAAACAGAAGCUUCUCAUGCCCUUGGCCAUUCAGCUCAGCCAGAUCCCAGGUCCGCAAUCGCCUAUCUUUUUGCCGAGUGACUCCGAAUGGGAUUGGAUCCUGGCCAAAACCUGGGUGCGCAAUGCCGACUUCCAUGUUCACCAAGCCAUCACGCAUCUGCUCCGGACGCACCUGUUGGCUGAGGUGUUCACCAUGGCCACCAUCCGCCAGCUGCCCACAUGCCAUCCGCUCUAUAAGCUCCUGAUUCCUCACACGCGCUACACCCUCCACAUCAACACUGUGGCACGGGAGAAUCUCGUUUCGCAGGGGGGUGUCUUUGAUAAGCAUACCGGUGUUGGUUUCAAGGGAUUGGUGGAAGUGUUGCAGAGAGGAACCCAAGCCUUGACCUUGACUUCGCUCUGCCUUCCAGAAGACCUGGAGGCUCGUGGGGUCUCCUCAUUGCCCCAUUACUACUACAAGGAUGACGGCCUGAAGAUCUGGGCAACCGUGAAGAGCUUCAUCUCUGGCAUGAUUGACUUCUAUUAUCAAAAUGACAGCUCUGUAAAGGAAGAUUGGGAGCUACAGAAAUGGAUGGAGGAGAUCUUUAAGAAAGGCUUUAUGUCUCAAAAGUCUUCUGGCAUCUCUUCCUUGCUCUCAUCUGUGCAAGAGCUGAAAAAGUUCCUGACUAUGGUGCUUUAUACCUGUUCGGCCCAGCAUUCAGCGGUCAACAGUGGGCAGUUUGAUUUGGGUGCCUGGAUGCCCAACUUCCCAUCCUCAAUGAGAAAACCCCCUCCAACCACCAAAGGCACAGCGAACUUGGAGAACUACAAAGACACCAUCCCGGAGAUCAAUACCACCUGCAUCAUUCUGAGUGUCCUGUGGCUACUCAGCGCCCCUCCGGGAGACCUGAUCCCGCUGGGCAAUUACCCUGAUCAGCAUUUCACAGAAGAAGCUCCCAAAAAGCUCAUUCUUGCCUUCCAAGAAGAACUAAAGAAGAUUUCCAAGGAAAUUGACAAGAGGAACGAGUCCCUGGGCAACACAGGGGUCCCUCUCACCUACGAGUAUCUGUACCCCCCAAAGAUCGAAAACAGUGUCUCAAUUUAAGCCGGAGAGGGGAAUCUCCGCUAAUAACUGCUUAUCCAAUCUAUUUUCUCUAACAUGACUUUUUGCAUACCUUUAAUGGGCAUGACUUGCCUGGAGAAGGUAGAUAUCACAAUCAGGCUGUGGGUGAAGUAUUGCCUUAAGAGUGCCUAUCACCCAAGAUUUGAUUGUACACCGCAAUCCUUAUAUCCAUGGGGCACACGUUCCCAUGUUUGUGUGGGUACAUGAACCCCCAUAUAACAGCAGACCCUAUUGAAGAUUUCCUGCCCCAAAAUACCAUAGCAUUGCACUGCAGUGACUACGAAAUGCCUAGAGAAGCCAUUGUCAGAAGUGGAUCAAUGGAAACUAUGGGUCUCGGUUCCAUGAAUAUGAGCAUUGUAUUGCAAUUGGUCUAAUAUCUCUGUUGUGGAUGAUGGAAAGAAUAGUAAAGAAUAAUUGAACAACCUAAUUGUCCAGAAACCUUGGCAAGGAGAAAAUUGGAUAGAUGGGGCUUUGGGGAGUUAUUUGUGCAUAGGAUUCUCUGAUUAAAUUACACCAGUAUAGCAAGACUGAGCUUACUCCCAUCAUCAAUGCAUUGCCACAAUGCACUUUAUGAGUAUUUCAAUAAUCUGCAUUUGAGGAAGCAAACGCCCUGAGUCCCCUGAUGGGUGAGAAGGGCGGGGUAGAAGUGAUGUAAUAAAUAAAUAAAUAAGAUUCUAUUCUUCCAAUAUUGACAUGCCAGCCAACACUUCACAGAUGACAACUGGGAUGCGUACCAGGUGAAAACAAUGCUGUCAGGCAACAAAGAGACAAACCUUUGUACAGAUGCCUUUUCUUGAAUUCUGAAAUCUGAAGUCCUCCAAAUUCCAAAAUGGUCCAGAUGGGGGAGUGAGAGAGUGACACUUUGGCUUUCUGGUGGUUCGAUUUCCACAAACUUUGCUUUCUGCACAAACUAAUUAAAAAUAUUAUAUAUAAAAUCA